GGAGGGACGGCCACCCGGAUCCAGGCUCGGGCUCCGGGAGGGAGGGAAGGAAGGAAGGCAGGAGGAUGGGGAACGCGGACUCCAAGCUCAACUUCAGGAAGGCGGUGAUCCAGCUCACCACCAAGACCCAGCCUGUGGAGGCCACAGAUGAUGCCUUUUGGGACCAGUUCUGGGCAGAUACAGCUACUUCAGUCCAAGAUGUCUUUGCUCUAGUUCCUGCUGCAGAAAUCAGAGCUGUGAGGGAAGAAUCCCCUUCAAAUUUGGCUACGUUGUGUUAUAAGGCAGUGGAAAAGCUGGUGCAGGGAGCUGAGAGUGGCUGUCAUUCUGAGAAGGAAAAGCAAAUUGUUCUGAAUUGCAGCCGCCUUCUGACUCGCAUCCUACCCUAUAUUUUUGAAGAUCCUGACUGGAGAGGCUUUUUCUGGUCGACUGUUCCUGGAGCUGGACGAGGAGGGGGAGAUGAAGAUGAUGAAAAUGCUAGGCCACUAGCUGAGUCACUGCUUUUAGCCAUUGCAGAUUUGCUCUUCUGCCCAGAGUUUACUGUCCAGAGUCAUCGAAAAAACAAUGUGGACACAGCUGAGGAUAUCCAUGCAAUUGAUAGCUGUGAAUACAUCUGGGAGGCUGGUGUUGGGUUUGCUCAUUCCCCACAACCAAACUACAUGCAUGAUCUAAACAGGACAGAGCUCUUGAAACUCCUGCUGACUUGUUUCUCAGAGGUCAUGUACCUGCCCCCCUCUGCAGACAGUAGCAAUACUAAUCCUUGGGUCCAGUUCUUUUGUUCUACUGAGAACAGGCAUGCACUACCACUGUUCACUUCCCUCUUGAAUAUCGUCUGUGCUUAUGAUCCAGUGGGCUAUGGGAUUCCUUAUAACCACUUGCUCUUCUCGGACUACCGUGAACCCCUAGUGGAGCAGGCUGCCCAAGUCCUGAUAGUCACAUUGGACUAUGACACUUCCACCAGUUCCAGUCCAACAGUAGAUGGCACUACAACUGGCACAGUCAUGGAUGAUGCUGAUCCUCCAGGACCAGACAAUCUGUUUGUCAAUUACUUAUCUAGGAUACACAGAGAAGAGGAUUUCCAGUUCAUUCUGAAGGGAGUGGCCCGCCUCCUCUCCAACCCUCUGCUCCAAACCUAUCUGCCAAACUCUACCAAAAAGAUCCAAUUCCAUCAAGAGCUUUUGGUUCUGUUCUGGAAGUUGUGUGAUUUCAACAAGAAAUUUCUCUUCUUUGUGCUGAAGAGUAGUGAUGUUCUAGACAUUCUGGUGCCAAUUCUCUACUUCCUUAAUGAUGCCAGAGCAGAUCAAUCUCGUGUUGGUCUAAUGCAUAUUGGUGUCUUCAUUCUAUUGCUACUGAGUGGGGAGAGGAAUUUUGGGGUUCGCCUGAACAAGCCAUAUUCUGUGCGAGUACCAAUGGACAUCCCUGUGUUCACAGGAACACAUGCAGAUCUUCUUAUCAUUGUCUUUCACAAGAUUAUCACUAGUGGGCACCAGCGACUGCAGCCCCUUUUUGAUUGCCUUCUCACCAUUAUUGUGAAUGUAUCUCCAUACUUGAAGUCCCUUUCCAUGGUAUCUGCUAACAAACUGCUGCACCUCUUGGAAGCUUUUUCAACUACCUGGUUCCUCUUCUCUACUGUUCAGAACCACCACCUUGUUUUCUUUUUGCUGGAGGUUUUCAACAAUAUCAUCCAGUAUCAAUUUGAUGGCAACUCCAAUUUAGUAUAUGCCAUUAUUCGCAAGCGAAAUGUAUUCCAUCAACUGGCUAAUUUGCCAACUGACUUGCAGUCUAUCCAAAAAGCUUUGCAGCGUAAAAAGAAAGCUCCUGAACCUAUAUCUCGCACCAAUUCUCAGGAGGGGAUGUCCAUGGAAGGGUCACGACCGGCUGCACCUGCUGAGCCAGGGACACUGAAGACUAGCCUAGUAGCAACUCCAGGCAUUGACAAACUCACUGAGAAAUCUCAGGUAUCAGAGGAUGGGACAAUGCGCUCACUGGAGCCAGAGUCAUCACAGUCUCCAGCAGAAGGCAGCUCCCCUGGCAUUGUCAGCGAUACAGAAUCUUGGAGUGGGGUAAGACUGAAUGCUGCUCUUCAACAAUGGUGGCCAACAGACUGGAAUCUAUCAAGGGAGGUAAAGUUGCCCAUUUUAUCAUCACUUCCGAUAUCGGGUCUUCUUGUUCCAAGUUGUGUAAAACUCUCUAUUGAUAAGGGCCUCACAGAUGAAUCUGAGAUUCUCAAGUUCUUGCAGCAUGGCACAUUGGUGGGUCUACUUCCUGUUCCUCAUCCCAUACUAAUUCGCAAAUACCAGGCAAACUCUGGUACUGCUAUGUGGUUCCGCACCUAUAUGUGGGGAGUUAUUUAUUUGAGGAAUGUGGAUCCUCCCAUCUGGUAUGACACAGAUGUCAAGCUGUUUGAAAUUCAGCGAGUCUAAGGAGAGGGAAGUGAAUGGUGAACUUGCCUCUGUUCAGAGGAAACACUGGAAGCAAGGAUCCUGCUGUGCGCUUCUUCAUCACAGAUCUUCCUUCAUUUCACUGCCUGCUGAGUUAUCCAAAGGACAAUCACUUCCAUUGCCUAAUCCUGCCACUUUAAAACUGACAGACCCACCCUAGCAAUCUUUCUCCCUCCAUCCAAGGAACAUUGGUGGAAGUAGGUGCAAGGAGAGGGAGCCUCGGUGGUUACACUGAAAGUGAAACAUGUCUCAUCAAGACCUCCUUGUGCUUUGGGCUGCAAUUCUGAACCUGACUAGCUAGAGCAGAAUCUUUUCACUCCCUAGCCAGAUUCAGUCUUUAAAGUUAAAAGACAUUGAAUGUAAAAAUUAUAAAAGUAGACCAAUGAAGGAAGCACUGCUGUAGGAGGUAACUGUGGUUCUUUUCCAAAGAAUGUAUCAUAACACCUCUUCAUAUUGCAGCCUUCCCUUGCUGCUAUCUUGAUUUACUGUGUACCUAGAUAGGUUGGGGUAGAACUUCACUUACUUGGUGUAUGUGACAUUCUAUUUAUUUAAUCACUUCAGGUCAGUCUUGUAGGUCUGGUCCUCCUUUCCCUACCACUGAAAAUGUUAUUUACUAUUUUGUACUGGUGCUGUAGUGUGGCAACCAAAUUCCCUCCCCCCCUCCCGGCGUUGAAGGUGCUCCUUUCAAAGACGGAUCUGUGACAAAAGAUAUAACACACAUUUUUAAAGGUGCAUUUAUUGUGAGAAUUGUUGUUGGAAAAACUGUUCUAAUGAGGAAUACUUUGAGGGUGUUGGGUAUAAGCUAUUUUUCAGAAAUAUAUAUAGAAAAAUUGGUUGCAUUGGAAAAAUAAUAGGGGAACUGUGAGCAGCAAGACUGCUGGAAUGGAGUUUAUUUUUUAAGAAGUUGCAUAGUGUGAUUUAUGUUGUUUGUGGGUUACUAUAACAAAUUCAAUGCAAGACAUAUUGAGAUUUUGGCCUAGCAGAGUGUAUGAGAAAUUGGCUAAGACUGAUCAAUAGAAUGCAUAUCUUGGAGUAUGAAGCCAAGUUAAAUAGUUUGGUUUUCAUUAUGCAAGCCAGUUUUGCUUUGCAAGUAUGGGGCAUGGGAUGACUGGUUAAUUCCUUGCUUAGUCAACAUUCAGUUUAUGCAUUCUUUUCAGACAGAUCUGUAAGGAUCCAGAGCCCACAGUUUAGAAUUACAAACCAUUCUUGUUUACCAUAGAAGAUGGCAAGUAUGUUUUGGAUACAUCACCACUCUGCUAGUUUUCAUCUUAUCUUCUUAAGAUCUUCAGUUCUGAGAUCUGGGAGACAAUUUGCUAUAGCCUUCUUUGUUCUCUUCUUCAAAAAGUAAAAAUAAAAUGCCAUCCUUAAACCUGAAGCUAAAGGUAUCACUUGUUAUCAUAGAAAAUUACAAGUAGGUUUGCCAAACUGAAUAUAUCAGUGCAAGAAUAUAAUAUAUAUUUUAUGUUGUUCUAGUAUAGAAAAAAUGGGCAAAUUAUAGGCAUUUUGAUCAAAUUCCAGCUAGUGAGGAAGUGAAAGAAUAGAUCAAAAGGCCAUGGUUUCUCCUUUCUGCCCUUGAAAUUCUUAGAUUUCACCUUUUUAUUAUUGAUAAAAUCCAUUGUAUUUGUUUCAUGUUUCACCCUUUCAAAUGUGAUUUGGUAGUGGCAAUCUGGAUAAUAUUUACAACCUCACAGCAAGGGGAAGGCUCUUUUGAUACAUCACUGAUCCAUCUUUUCUUCCCUCACAAUACACAUUGUGAUCUCCUCCAGCUGGGUUUUCUUUUUCGUGUUAAUUUAAUUUGACUUUUGCAUUCUUUGGUGUUGCAGGUCUGCUCUUUGUUCCAUGAAAAAUCAAAAUUGCACUGUAAACUAUUUGCUUUACACAUAGAGAUAAAAUUAUCUUAAACACUG